ACAAAAAACACCUUCCUAAACAGCAUUUGAAAUAUUUAUGAGUAAUUCUUAAGAAAUAGCCAUUGGUCUACUGGACCUUGCAGAAACUUUCCCAUGCUAUUCCAGUGUGAGACUUCAACGGCAACUUUCAUGUUUCUGUUUCAUUACAGAACUGGGUCUCUGAACUACUUCCAGAGAUUUCUCAGUUUUUGUCCUCGUGAACAACGUAUAAACUCUGGACAGCUGGAUUCUUCAGCGUUUGAAAGAACAGUAGCAUGUUUAUAAGUAGACUUAUAAACACUUCAGAGAUUGUCAGCAAUCUAGAUUAUCUGGGGAUAGUCACAAUCAACAGCAUCCCCUGUCUUCUAGUAGUAGUCAAUGGGUCCCCUCAGUUGCUGAUUAAACUGCGUUCUAUCACCAAAUGGAGACAGGUAUUAGGCCUGACAAAUAGGAUUUUAUUGAAGCACUCAAAUUUUCAUUACUAUCUUUUACUCAGAGCUCCAGAAAGAUUUUUGUAAUAAUUUGUUUCUUGGUGCAUUUCUGUAUUUUCUCUUUAUUUGUGAGGAAAAAAAAUCAAGCUAAUAGCAGUAAAUUCAAACCUAAAUGCAGACUUGACAAAUGUAUAUUUUUGAGAGUGACAAAACCUUCUUCAUUCUCCUUUUAGGUGCACAAAAUGCACGGCAGUGGACAAAAUACUAUGUUGCUGUAAUGGCUUCCAUACUAAAUUAAGUUUGGAAUAACACCAAUUGUUAUUCAAAGAGGUGGCUGUACUAAUACCCAGUCUUCUGAAAACAUGCAUCUCUUAUCCACAAAGCAUUUACUCCUGAUUGAGUCUCAAAGGAUGUAUAUGCAUAACCCUGCAAAAGGACUCACCAGCAGUGAAAUUUCAAGUUAAACAAUAGGCAUGGCUAGGAGCUGCCCACUUCUGGAUAGCUGUAGCCUUUUCCUUAUGAAAUGCCUUGUCCUCUGUACGUAAAAGCACAGAAGACUCAACUAAAAUUCAAGUCUCCCUUUUUCCAAGACAAAACAUUCCAGUAUUGUUCUACAGCUCGAUAAAGCUAGCUAUGGCAGUUUAAGAAAUUACUGUUGCAGGUGUCUGCCACGCUUUCUCUUAGAAAUUGUCAUGCUUGUAGCAAAGAUGGCAGAGCAAGGUGUAUGCUCACAUUUCAGCAGUUUGAGUUCCCCGGCUAGUACAGCUGCUUAAGGCACUGUUGCAGAUGUGUUUCCACAAAUUUAUGGGCACAUAUAAACAUCUUCUUCCAUCUCGGCUGCGCAACGGAAGCACGUAUCAGGGAGGUCAAGCAAACCACUGGGAACGGCAGCAUCGUAAAACACUGCCCCUCAAUCCGCCAAAGCCCAUCUGAGAGGACUCUUACAACAGCUGUGUCAUAGGUACUGAUUCACGACAUACAGGAACAGAGCGUCUGCCCUGUAUGCAGCUGACAAAAAACUUAACUCAUAUUUAGUGUACUCUUGAAGGAGAUAAAUCAGAAUGACGUUUUUCACGCCUUCAGUAGGAAGAAUGUGAACUUUAUUGGCCUUAACAAGGAGGGAACGGGAGUCUCCAGUACAGAGUUAGUAGGCGUCUGGUACUUGAAUCUCAGCACUAGGUGGUAUAUCAGCAUUUUGGCCAGAAACUCUAUACGUGUCUUUCCUGUACCUCUUGUGUACCUGCAGACACAGACGCCGGUCUCCGCUAGACCUGACCUGUGCCACGUGGGACAGAACCAGCUGUUGGCAAUGGUCAUUCCAGCCUUUGGCCACGGUACAAAGGGCACCAAGUUCUGGCUCAGAUUAAAGCCAGUUCCACGGUUUUCUCCCCCUCCCUGAGGCGGAACUGGAGGGCGGGUGGGAAACAGCCACCGCACAAAACGUGGUUUUGACCUGCAGCUCACCCGGGAUAAGCCGCGUGCGCACCUUAAAUACGCUUAAAGCACAACCAAACAUACUGUUUGGUUUCCUUGGCACUCCUGAAACCAAAACCUGGUUAUUAAAAAAAACCCCAAACCUCUGUGUUUUGGCCAGGCACGGCCUAUCGUCGAAAAACUUGUCAGUUACCCCACAUGCAGCCCCAAACCCGUAGGAGAGGGGUGGUAAGGCAGCCGCAGCGAGCCGUGCAGGAAGCUGGAUAAACGCGGGUUGGUUUUGGAGCAAAAGCGGACCUCGGGCGGCUGGCGAAGGCGUCGGCGAGGCUGCGGGGCCGGGCAGCCCUUCCUCAGAUGGCCGUGGCGGGAAGCUGAGGGAGGCAGGCAGGGAAGGAAGGGCAGCCCCCGCCUUGCCCCCGGCCCCACCACAGCGCCCCCUGGCAGCGCCGGCGGCAGCGCGCCCCGCCGGCCCGGCGCGUUAUGACCAAUAAGCGUCCGCCACCGCCCGACAAGGGGCGGGGCCACCUGCUGGCAUUUAAAUACCGCGGCGGCUCAUUUGCAUGCUGCCAAGAUGGCCGGCCCUGGGAUUGGCCGGCCCCGAAGCAGCCCCCAUUGCCGGCCCCUGUGCCCACGGAGGGGGCGGGGCCAGCCGGGAGAGGGGAGGGGACACGGGGCUUAUUUGCAUAACGGCCCGACGCGUGCGACGGCGGGAGGCGGCGUUGGUGCCUGGAGCGGGUUCCGAUUUUGAAUCUGCGGCGGCGGCAGCCGCGGGACAGCGGGAGCAGCGGCGGCCGCCGAGCACUGAGGCAGGAGCCGCCGUAGAACGCCGGUGCGCAGGUACCGCAUCUCCCUCCUUCCCUCCCGGCCCACCGGGGUGCGCACGGCCGGGCAGCGGCAGCGCUCUCCGCGGAACGCUGCCCCGCGCGGCGGCAGCGGCAGCGCGCAUGCUCCGGGGCUGCAGCUUUUGCACACGCUCCGCCGCGCGCACCCACCCCGCCAGCCAGAGCGGCGCAGCGAGGCGCGCGCUGCAUGGGAGCACGUGACGCGGCUCCAGUGCAGGCGGCGGCGGCGCCGCGCAUGCGCGCUGGGGUUUUGCGCCCGGAGGUGGCAGCAGGUGGGACCAGGGGUCGGCGCCGGCCUCCGACCCCGCCGGUGGAGGGACCUUCCCGCGGCGGGGUACAAGGUGGGUUUGGCGUGGGGCUGGGCCCAGCUGGGGACCCCUGGGAUGACCUGAAGGCGCAGGGAGCUGGGCAACGCCAGGCGGUUGUCAGAUUGCGUUCUGUCUUACGCAUUGUGAGGGUCAAGAUGGAUAGCACAGAUGAACCUCAGAAAAAAGUCUUUAAAGCACGAAAAACAAUGAGAGUAAGUGAUCGACAGCAACUUGAAGCUGUUUAUAAGGUUAAAGAGGAGCUGUUGAAGACAACUGAAGUUAAACUGUUAAAUGGAAAGCAUGAAAAUGGAGAUUCUGAUUUAAAUUCCCCUUUAAGCAAUACAGACUGUGUGGAGGACAAGAGGGAAGUUAAUGGAGUAGUGGACUUGUGUGUGAACUCUGAAGAAGGAAGAACAGCUUCUGAUGAAAUUAUUGAAGCCAAAAGCCCUGAAAGUAGGGCAGGGAACAUAGUCAAUGACAUAGAACCCAAACCUCCAGCGCUGUCUCCAGAGAAUGUUACUCCUGAGCAAGAUAAAGGUACUGCUUUAGCUUGUGAGGCUGAAAAUGGUGUGCUUGGUAGCAAUAAAGAUAAUUUCCAUGAAGAAAAUAAUACAAAAGAUCAUUUGGACCAAAGAGAGAGUGACAUCCCAUCGGACGGUGGAAGUAAAUUAACCUGUGAUAUUAGUGCCUCUUCUGAAGAGAAGAGAGAAACAAAUGACUUAACUAUUAAUUCCAGUUCAUCUAGUGAGGAAAAGAGGACUGAAGAAGUAACUGUUGAAGAUGCAGUUGGAGAAGAAAUCAUCUCUAGCAGUAUGGAAGCUGACGAGGAACCAAAGGACAAACAAGACAGCUCUGCAGGUCUUUCAGAAACCACUCUUCAGAAGACAACAGAUGAGCCAAGUGAAGGUAUCUUGGACAACACUGACUCUAUGGAAACAGAUGAAAUUAUUCCAAUUUUGGAAAAACUAGCCCCUGCUGAAGAUGAACUGAGCUGUUUUUCUAAAAGUUCUCUGCUUCCAGUAGAUGACACAGUCCCAGAUUUAGAAGAGAAAAUAGACAACUGUUUGGGUUCACCAUCCAAGCAGGAAAGCAAUGAAAGUCUUCCAAAAGAGGCUUUCUUAGUACUGUCUGAUGAAGAGGAUCCCUGUGACGAGAAGGAGGAAUGUGCUGAAGUGAUAUUACCGAACAAGUCAAGUCUUCCAGUAGAAGAGGUGGAGGAGGAAAGAAGAAAGGAGAGCGAGGAGGAUAAAGAAGAAGAGGCCCACAAAGAAGAAGAGAAACACCCAGAGAAAAGUGAAGUGUCAAGGAGAAAACGUUCCAAAUCUGAGGACAUGGACAGCAUUCAUUCUAAACGUCGUCGGUACAUAGCAGAAGAUUAUGAAGCAGAACUCCAAGUAAAAAUUACAGCCAGAAAGGAUGUCGACCAGAAAUUACAAAAGGUUAUCCAGAGACUGUUAGAAGAAAAACUUAGUGCUUUACAGUGUGCUGUAUUUGACAAGACUCUCGCAGACUUGAAAACCCGAAUAGAGAAAGUAGAAUGUAACAAGAGGCAUAAAACUGUGCUUACUGAACUACAGGCUAAAAUUGCUCGAUUGACAAAGCGGUUUGGAGCAGCCAGGGAGGACUUGAAGAAAAGACAGGAAAAUGCACCAAAUGCACCUCUGUCUCCAGUGAAAGCAGCAAGUGACACUGCAAACACAAACAAUGCAACUUACCGGAAUGCUGGCACAGUGAGGCAGUUGCUGGAGUCAAAGAGGAAUAUAGGAGAGAGCACACCAGCAACUUUUCAAGCCCCUGUGAAUGCAGUGCCAGCUUCCAGUCUUGCUGCUCCUCCAACAGUUGUCAGUGGACAUCCUAAACCUCAGACUCCAGUGACCUCCACCAGCUCUUUGACAACAACAGUUCUUCCUGCAGCUAACACAGCUACGGUUGUAGGCACUAACCAAGUGCCCAGUGGCAGCACUCAGUCAGUGUCUGUCUCAUUGCAGUCUUUGCCUGUAAUCUUGCAUGUACCUGUUGCAGUGUCAUCCCAGCCUCAGCUCCUGCAAGGCCACACAGGGACUUUGUUAACUAACCAACAGUCAGGCAACGUUGAAUUUAUAUCCGUACAAAGCUCAUCUACAGUUGGUAGCCUUACCAAAACUACAGUGUCUUUGGCAUCAACUAACCCAACUAAACCAAAUAACGGCCCGUCUGUGCCCAGUCCUGGUAUUCAAAGGAACUCUCCAGCCAGUGCUGGAUCAAUAGGCACAACAUUGGCUGUACAGGCUGUUUCCACUGCACAUCCUGUUGCCCAGGCCACAAGGACUUCUUUGCCCACAGUGGGUACUUCAGGACUUUAUAAUGCUACCAACAGCCGAGCUCCCCUACAGAUGAAGAUUCCCCUCUCUGCAUUUAGUAGUACAGCUCCCAUUGAACCACCCACCAUUACCGCACCCAGAGUUGAAAACCAGACAAGCAGGCCAACAACAGAUACUUCGGCAAACAAGCGAACUGCUGAGGGAACAACACAGAGCGGGAAGGUGACAGGAAGCGAUUCAGGAGGUGUCAUUGAUCUUACACUGGAUGAAGAGGACGAUGGCUCUUCUCAAGCAGAUGGCAAGAAGCAGCAGCAGACGCCUCUUACAGGAUUGGCCGUAUCCACCCAGCCCUUGGCUCGCCCCCUGCAGCCUUUGCAGCCUUUGCAGCCAGCCCCCGCGCAGCAGACGGGUGUGCCAACCAGCGGCCCCUCCCAGACCACCAUACACGUGUUACCUACAGCUCCCACGACAGUGAAUGUAACUCAUCGGCCAGUGACUCAAACUGCCGCAAAACUCCCGAUACCAAGAGCCCCCGCUAACCACCAGGUGGUCUAUACCACUCUUCCUGCACCGCCAGCUCAGGCUCCUGUCAGAGGGGCUGUCAUGCCAAGCCCAGGUUUAAGGCCAGUCAACCCGCAGGCCGGAGGCAUGACAGUACGAAUGCCUCAGACCACUGCGUAUGUUAUGAACAAUGGACUAACUCUUGGAUCUGGAGCACCUCAGCUUACAGUGCAUCAUCGACCACCACAAGUGCAUGCUGAGCCACCGCGCCCCAUACAUCCGGCCCCGCUCCCGGAGGCACCACAGCCACCGCGUCUGCCCCCUGAAGCUGCCAACACUUCUCUGCCUCAAAAGCCACAGCUGAAGCUGGCGCGGGUACAGAGCCAGAAUGGUAUCGUGCUGUCAUGGAGUGUCAUGGAGGUGGACCGGAGCUGUGCCACUGUGGACAGUUACCAUCUCUACGCCUACCACGAGGACCCGAGUGCCACCAUGCCCUCCCAGUGGAAGAAGAUUGGGGAAGUGAAGGCCCUCCCGCUACCCAUGGCAUGCACUCUUACGCAGUUUGUGUCCGGCAGCAAAUACUACUUUGCGGUCCGGGCUAAGGACAUCUAUGGACGUUUUGGACCCUUCUGUGACCCCCAGUCCACAGAUGUGAUCUCUUCCCACAGCAGUUAAAACUAGAGAUCUUUGGAGCCUUUAAAUCUGUCCUACUACCAAGAAUUACCCCAGUUUUGGAGGGUUGAUCCCAUGCAUGAAAAUUCAGUUUUAAAUCCACUCUCUGCAGGAUUAUUUUAGACAGUUGUGUGAUACACUACAUGCGUUCAGAACCAAAAGACAAAUAAAGUCUCACCUGCAGCAAGAGAGCCUGUUUUUUCUGGAUAGCUCAAGUCAUGGGCCAUUUGAAAAUUUCAUUUUCCCUUCCAUGAGAGCUGUUCCACCUGGAUACCUACCUGCCCUGUAUCCAAGGGCACCCUGGAUGCCUGGGAUUCUGCUUCAGAGUGGGAACAAAAUAAUAAAUUACAGUUUGUCUGAAGCAAAGCACACCCAGCUGUAAUACCUGCCAAGGCACUAACACGAGGGUGAGAACAGAUUUGCCUCCUGCCCCCCACCGCACCGAGAGCAGGCUGCGAUACGAAGGGUGAUUCAAGGUCUCACUUUUGUACCGGAAGACGGAGUGCUCUGAUCUUAUUUUACAAGCUGUAACGAGCUCUCUGAGGGGAGGGAAGGGAACUCGAGUCUGGCCAGGGAACCGAUACAUUUGUAAAUUUGGAGGUGGUGGUGGGGAAAUAAAAAUCACCCCGCUACCUCCUGCCUCUCCGAAAUAAGGGCGCUCCUCUGUUUGCACCAUCCUCCCCCACUCACGUUGGGAGCGUUCCUAGGUCAGAUUGGAAACUGGAUCGUAGAGACUGCGUUCACACCUCUCUAGCGCUCAGAUCAUGUCUCCGCCCCUCCCCCCAUACAUCCAGCCCUAUUUUUUAGAUUUAUUUUGUGCCUUAAAGAAUAAUUUCAGAAAUAAAUGUAGCCGGAUACCUUGUGGUGUUCUUUUAUUUGCUUGGAGUUAUUUUUCCCUUCUGCUUCUCAUUUUCCUGGCCUGCGGUAAUUAUUAUUUCUGGAAAGACCAGGAAGCGUAACGUCUGCUGAUGCUGGAUUCGAUUUUAUCUGCGGUAUCAUUCGACCCUUUCCUCACUGUAAUUCUUGAGAAGUUGUUUUUGUCCUGUCAAGAAUUAGCAUAUACAGACAGUAUUUUCCACCAGAGCCUUUCCCUGUUGUUUUGGGAAAGCUGUAUGCUGCAGUUCAGCCAAAGAAGAAACCUCUGUGGUGUGGCACCAUGAAAGCUUCUAGCUCUUGGCACUCAGUUGGGAUGUUCAGUCAGUACAGAAAGAUGAGAAGUUGGCUUCCCGGUCCUCUCCUCUGUCUCACCGCCUGCCCGCCUCCGCAGAAACCUAACCCACCCCGAGCAGUUCAGAAACGAUUUUAGACACUGGCCUAAAACCUGUGAGCAAUUGCAAACGCUAAUGGGUGCUUUCAUCAUGCUUCUGAGCUGCGAAAAGAAAUCGCUACUGCCAGUGGGGCGGUAUUGGGUCUGCCCCACUGUCGUUGAUGUGUUAAACUUGCUUUUUGCAUAACCAAAUUGAAACUGGACAAGAAACUAUAUGUAAGGUUCUUAUUUUUGCACUUUUCAGUCUCAUUCUGCCUGGUAGAACCAAACAGUGGAUUUAGAAGGGAAAGUCUUUUUUUUUUUUUUUUUUUUUUUUUUUUUUAAAUCUACUUCACCAUGUAGCAAAGCUGUAGAAGGUAACAUUUUUUAAUUUCGGUGCUCUCUUUCUUAAAACCAACAUUUUUAAAUGUAAAGUGAGGUUGAAAAAGGGCAGGAAAAAUUAAGUCCUGAAACAUGGCUGGUGAAAUAUGCGAUGAGAUUGGGGGUUCUUUAGUGGGGUUCCGCCUGGGAACAUUCAUCGGUGAAAGAAACGGCUUUGUAGACUUCUGUCUGUGCUGUUCUACUGCUCUCCUCCGUGUAGCUGGGUUUGUCACUUCCGCCAGGUGAGUAACGAAUUACUCUCUGUCUGGAAACUCGCAUUUAAAGUACAGCAGUUCUAAUGGUUUGGGCGAGCAAAAGUUCUGCCUAAAUCCCACGUAUCAUGCGAGAAGGUUCACACUAGAUCUCUUGUAUGAACGACGGGUAACCUUUCCUUUGAGUAACAGUUGUCCCUGUAUUACUGGUGCCAAUAAUCAAUAAUGCCUUGAAUUUUUCUAUGUUUAAUUAAAUGUUUUGUCUGGAUAUUUCAAGGAAUAAAUAUUUAAUAAAGCAUUUAGUCUACUUACGGAAAGUUGGGUCCUUAUAAAGCCAGUUCUGUAUUAGAGGUUAGAGCAGUUCAUUCCCGUCGAUGGCUGUCAAGUCCUCCUUGGGCAGUUUGGGGUUUUUUUUACUGUGUCUUUGAGGUGGUACCAAAGGGCCGUUGGCCGUAUCAGUACAAUGAGGUUUUAUAGUUUGAAAGUUAAAUAUUAGAACACAACCUAGAACUUACGCUGCUUAUUUAAUUGUGAUUCCAGCCCAAAACUAUACAUGAGCUUUUCUAUAGUUUGUGGUUGCGUUUAGGUCACGAUCGUUCUUAGCUUUGUCUUGCUCAGGAUAGGCGGGGGUGGGACUCCUGUGCUAGAAUUCUUCUCUUUCCUCCAAUGGAGGAAAUGCACGUGAUUUAUUUUUGUUGUGACUAGAUGAAAUAAGCCAGCUACCGUUUGUGGACUGAAGCCAUGGCAGCUGUGGGGUGAAAGCCGACUUCUCUUAUUUCAUCCCAGCGGAGCUGCUAAAGGUCCAACUUCAGGACCUUCAUUAAGCAAGUAGCGAUGGCAAAGUAUGUGAUAACGCAUGGCUUGACUUCAAACUGCCUGGCUUAGCUUGGAGACCUUAAAGGUGGCUGGUUCUUAAAUCACUGGCACACAAAGAGAGAAGGGUGCCAUUUCUGUGAAAUCACUUCCAUGGUGGAGCAGAUCACUGCAGUGAUUGUUCACCCCUUCUGCUAACGAGCAGGAGUAUUGCUUAAUUCCCUAACUCAUGGCACUUCUCCCUGUGUUAUAGGGCCACUGGUUAAUUUUAUUAUCCUUCACCUCCCAGAAACGAUAAAGCUAUUGAGAAACCCAAUUUCUGCUAGCAACAAACAUUUAGAAAUAAUGGAUUUCAUUUAAUAGACUUUUAUUUGAAAGUGUUACCAAAAUAUCCGGGAGCAUCCAGUACAGGUCUGUUAGCACCGUGCUUCUAGACCGGGCUCUUCAUUAAAGUGUUAGUUGCUGGAGGCUUCCAACAAUCAAUUCACUUUUGAAUAUGCUAAAAAUCUCUAUCUGGCUUUUAAGUGGAAGGGUUGGGUUUAGUUCCUUCUCUGCGCCUCAGGCCAGUUCUUCCACCUUACUCUCAGUACCUGCUGUGAGGUUGUUGUUCCUGACUCAGUGUGUUGCUGUUGCCCCUGGGUACGCGACAUCUCAGCAGUACCACCUCGAAUGUAGUUCCCCGGGUUUUAGCAAACGCAGCACCGAUUCUGCAGCUGUUUUCUGUCCUCUUUUACUUUCUCGUUUGUUUUAGGGUUGGUUUCUUUGCUCUGUGUGAUACAAGGGCUUCUGGAUGUCCAGGGUGAGAGGAAUUGGAGUUAGUUCAGUUUCUGGCUGGAGAGGAGCCCUGCUAGUGGAGUGCUGAUGGCAGACUGCUGCUCCUUUCCAGUGUGUUCCUCCCAGUCACAGCUUCGCUGGCCUCGCUUUAUUUUAGUAUAUGUCUAAAAAAGCUUUAUUGUAUUCAAAUAAUUAAAUGCUGGGAAGGGGGCAGACUUGUAGGUACAGCAUCUGUACUGUAUCCGCAGUGGCGGCUUCAGAGAAGGUGCGGGUGCAGAGGCAGGUUCCCCUCAGCCUGUAUUUAUUUCCACCCUCUGACCAGCUUCCCCUGGGGCAGCACUUGGUCUUGGACUUUGCCCCUGUGUGUUACUUGUGCUGCCGUUGGCCAUGUUGGGUCACUGAGCACAAGCACCGAGACACUCGCCCCUCCCGAGGGUUUUAGCACAAGGCUGGAAAGGCCCGUGGCGUCUUCCCUGUAACAAUAAGGGGUCUUGCCCUGCUUCCUUUGAAAACGGCAAAACCCCUCGUGCCUUCAGUGGGAGCACGACUGGGCCCAACAGUAGGAUCCCAGUACUGUUGUGUACUGUAACAAAAAUGAUCACUUCAGCCCGCCCUUUAUGUUGUUUGUCUUAAAUGUCCAAUAAAUUAGAAUCUGUAUUACAUGUAGGGACAGGUCCAAUCUGUUCCCACUCCCCAAACAGCCAUUCCCCAGUAUUCGCGUAUUGCAUACACUGUACAAAAUCAAUCUGUGAUUCUGCCGCCUUGUAAACUCUUCAGUAUUUUCAUUUAGUCAAAAAUAUCUAUCCAGAUUUUUUAAAUAGAAGCUUGAUAUAUUAAAUAUAUAUUUUUUUAAUUUGUUGGUUUGGAUAGGGGUGGGCAUUGUAUGAAGACACUGAAGGGAAAGGAGUUCAAGUGACACUGAGCCAGCCUUGCCACCAAAAUCUUUAUCCCCUUCCAAACACCCUCUGAGGGGAAAAGAAAAAAAUUAAGGAUAGCUAAGAGAAAGUAAAAUGAGUGAAUUUUCCUUUUCAUCCCUUCUAAGUACCCAUUAAAGUGGAUCUUUAUUUCUCAUUGUCAUUAUGCAGGCUGAGCAUUCUUUUUUCUUUUUUUAAUAUAUAUAUAUACACACACACAUAUAUAUAUUUGAAGUGCUGUCUUAAUUUAAUGGGGUAUAGCUGUAAAUAAGACAAGGGGGUAGUAGCUGUUUGGGGAGUCCUGUUCAGCUUUAGUAAUUUAUUGGCUAUUGGGAGUCAAACGUGCAGAAUCCUUUGUUAAGAAACUGAGAAUCUGAUUUCUUAUUUUGUUUUGCAGCUGGACUUGUAAAUAGAAAAAAAAUAAUUAAAAAAUACAGGACAGACUUAAUGUCCAAUCUAAACUGUGCAGUUGCAAGCUCUCCCCAUUUUUUGUAUGUACUACAGAUUAGUGUGUGUGUCUGUGUUAACUGUAGUGGGGUUUUGUCUGAUAAGCCUGAAAUUUAUACUUUGAAAUAAACUACUGGGUUUUUAACAUUUUGAGUCAUCUGUGCUUAGUUCCAGACAUCUCAGGAGACAACUCUUUCAGAAAGAGCUCACGGCGUCUUCAUCUGAAGUGCUGCCACCUGGAGCUGGGGCCACAGCAGGCAUUUGGGGUUGGCAGGCUGACUGCCACCAUGCUCCAGUAACGUUGGGCAGCAAUGGUUUGGCUCCAGGUCGUUCCCAGGAAGUCAACUGCAUGAUGCUGCCCUCUCGGCCUUCUCACAGAAGCAAAAAUGGAAAGCAAUGCUCUCACUUUUGGAAAUUCAAAGCAAAAAGGGCUCUGUAUAUCCUGAACAGACAGAAUCCGGUAACUUGCAACCCAAAGCUGCCCCAGAAGGGCUCAGGAAUGGAAACCAGAUUGCUGGUGCGACUCCUCUCCCUCCAAGGGGCUGGGUUUGACCUCUGAAAAAACAGUUGUUCUUUUAGCAAGAGGCUUGGGCCAAAGUACAGGAGCUGCCUUUGGUUUUUUACAGCACCCCUGAGCAGUGAGCCCACCGCCGUGGUCUCAGCAUGCCUGACUGGCCCUGCUUCUCAAGCCAGGGGGGCAAGCUGUGCACAGAACUCAUUGUAAUGAAAUGAGGGGGUAAUAAAAAAGGGGGGCAUUAGUGCAGGGAUCAAGAAAAUCUCAUCCCGCCCCCCCCCCAACCCUGCUGGUUUUUAAGGGUAGAUGCCAGGUACAGCCCUGUGGAAUGUGUUGUGCGACUUAGUUGAGAACCCAUAAACUGCUUUCUUGAAGUGAGUAGGGCAAAAGCUGCCUCUUAGACCCACCUCUGCUGCCAAGUUGUGGAGAACUCAAACUGCGUACUUAAAACCUGGAGUUACAGACAUGCCUACCCUGAGUUAUUUCAAGGGUGUAUAAUUAAUUUGUAAUGGUAAUAAUUAGGUUUCUGGCACUUAGUAAACUUCCUUCAAGUCAAGUCACUGACCAAAAGAUGCUGGGCUCUUGUGAAGUGAUGCCUGCACCCAAUCACACCUGCAAGUGCAGAGAUUCUCCAACCGCCUAUUUAGAGUAGAAGUACACAGACUGCACCUAGUCUAGACCCUUGGUUUUAAUCACAAAAUAUGGUGUAACCACUUUGCUGAAGCACUGUUGUAAUUGCUAUUUGUGCUGGUAUAAAGGGAAGAGAGUAAGCGAACAGCCAGAGCACGCAUUCUGUUUUGCUGCAGGGCAGCUUUGCCAUACACUCACUGGUACCCCUGGAAAGGAUGCUGCCACCUCAGAGCAGAGCGUACGGACAGCAAAGAGCAGCUCUGUAGGCAUAAGGAACCUGAUAAAAAAAAAAAAAAAAAAAAUCAAGCCAGGACUGGGCAGAGAAGUGAUCUGACCCUACAGCACAGCACCGGGAUGCUGACCAAGAAAUGAAGCUGGUUUCUCCCAGGGGAGCCCUAUGCUGCCUGGCCCAGACUGACACAGGCCAGGGCUUGCACAGGUGGCUCCUGCUACAAGGGCAGAGGGUGCUGUUGACCCAUCCACCGCCCCCAGGCCAGGCAGGGUAUGACCAGUAGUGCCCAUGUGCUGAACGGGGAGGGGUGGGCAGGGGUGGAUGCCUUACUGGAUUUCAGAAAAAGGGGAAGGAAAAGGAAGAAAAAGCUUACAUUAGAUGUGGUCGCUCCGGGAGGAUUCAUUUCUUCUGCAGGCACUCUCUAGUGACUGAACAGCAGGUUUCUUUUUAUUUUUGCAAGGCAGGAGUUUAUCACAAC